UGGGUUUUGGGUUGCAGUUUGGGCACUCUAUCUCUAAAAGGUUCACCAUCACUGACAUAUUAGCUGAAUUUGGUUGGCAUCAAAUAAUUAAGCAAGAUCAGACUGGCUGCUACUAUCGGUAGGAUGGGAGACCAUCAAGAAAUCAGAGUUGUCACUGGGAAGUAAAACAACAAAACAAGUAAAUCAUUGCUGCGGUUGCCAAGCACAGCAGGGGCUUGUUCAUUAACUCCCCGGGAACCCGGCAUAUUGAAAGACAACCUGACCACAAGGCCUACGGGGAGCCUUAAAAGACACUUCUCUGCAACGGCAGGCAAGGUCCCCCCGAGGCACAGCCAGCGGCUCCCCAAGGAAAGGAGCGUCUCCGCGGUUCCUAAAGCGCUUCGGUGGGAAGAGAAAGCUCCGAGGCGGCCAGGAGGAGGUUCCGAAGCCGCCUAAAACUCGCGGUGCGUCAACGAGGACGCGGUUGGGAGGAGGCUCUCGGAGAUUCCCUGACGUGUCUGAGUUCAGCUCGAGCCCAGGAGGAGGAGGAGAGGAGGAAGAGGAGAAGGCGGGAGCAGAGCCCGCCAGCGUGCCUUCCUCUUUGGCCGCCCCGAGCUCGCAGCGCCCGGCGGCGGCGGCGGCGGCUGCAGCAGCAACAGCGGCAGCAUGUUGGGCAGAGUUCGCUCAGCGAUGGCGCAACUAGUCGGGGGUCUCGGAGGCGGAGGAAGCCCCCGCAGUACGCAGUACGCCUCGCCCGCCGCCGGCGCCUCAACCGCGGCGUCCCCGCCUGUUCGGUCCGAGGCUAUCGGGCCCAGCGUUGCCGCCCCCGCUGCCGCCCCCACCACCUCAGUUACCACCACGAGCAGCUCCUGCUGUGAGGCGCCCGGCGGCAGCUUCUCGAGACCGGCUUUUCUGCAGCUCACGCCAGAAGAACUUCUGCUGGCCGAUGACCACACGAGCAGAGCCAUCCAGAGCUCCCGCGAGAGUCGCCGUCGCCUGCCCUGGAGCACCGGCUACGCCGAAGUGAUAAAUGCUGGUAAAAGCCAGCAUAAUGAGGAUCAAGCUUGUUGUGAAGCCGUCUUUGUGGAAAAAAGAAACAGCCUGAGAAAUAACCCAGGCCCCAAGGGAAUUUCUGGAGAAUCAGAAGGCAGCAAAGGUCUGUAUUUUUACUACUGGAGUUUGUUUGAUGGACAUGCUGGAAGUGGAGCUGCAAUUAUGGCAUCCAAACUGCUUCAUUUCCAUAUUCGUGAUCAGCUCCGAGACUUGGUGGAUAUCUUACAAGAUUCUUCUCCUCCACCAAUUUGCCUACAAGAGAGACCCAGGACAGUUCUCACCGAACCAAACAAAGCUCGUCUGGCAGAAGAAGACAGAGAGGUCCCAAACAAUGCCUUGCCACGCUUCCAUAUGGAAAAGAUGGUUUUCCAUGAAAGUUUAGUAGUGGGAGCCAUUGAAAAUGCAUUCAAACAGAUGGACAAUCAAAUUGAGCAAGAACGGGUAACCAGACAAGCAACUGGAGGCUGCUGUGCCCUGGCUGUGGUUUAUCUUCUGGGGAAGUUUUAUGUGGCCAACGCUGGUGAUAGUAGGGCCAUUGUCAUCCGUAAUGGGGAAAUCAUUCCAAUGUCCAGGGAGUUUACUCCAGAGACAGAGAGGCAAAGGCUACAGUUUUUAGUAAGGAAGAACUUUCUUUCUAUAUGAUAUACUUUUAAUCUAUCACCACUGACAACAACCUUGGCAGGUAUAUCCUUGAGAAAUCAAUUCUGUACAAACAAGAUCAUCAGAGUUCAUAGUGGUUAACUAAAAUAAGGUUUGCCUUGCAAACCUAAAUUGAAAAACUAGUAAAGGCAAACCUCUUUUUUCGCUCAAGGUUAUUACACUUAUGCUUUAUGCAACAUUAUCUAGCAUGCACCAUGGCCAAUCAUCUUUGGAGCUUAGGGAAUUUUCAAUUUCCAUUUGGAAUAUGAUGUGGGUGAAUUUAUUGUAAAUAGUAAAGAAAGACUCUCAAUGUACUAUUAAUUUGUGUCUAGUAUUUAUUUUCCUUAUUGAACAGAUGCAUAUUUUUACAACCUUAUAAUGUAUAAGGACUGUAACGUAUAAUGUAUAAGAAUUAGCAGCAACGUCAGCAAACCACAGUGAAUCCAAAACAAUGAUAUAUACACAGUGAUCUGAUCAUGUAAAUACUUUAAUUAGAUACUUGAGUCUUGACAUAUGACUCAAGUGCAUAAGUUGUGACAUUUGUGGGAUAAUGUUAUGUGUGUAUGUUUUUUGUUUGCUCCUCCUUCCUUCCCCAUGGAUGCCCAUAAUAAGAUAUUGUUUUGUAAUAAUUGA